AUGCUUAAGACUACAUUUAUGUUAACAACUCUGAACUUUCUAAGCUUCGCGGUAGUAAGUAGAGUUAUCGAUUUUCCGUUUCACUUCGACAGUUAUAGUUUAGAGCCGCCGACGGGUGGAUCAUUUAAGGAGACGCUAAAAUAUUGCGUUUCCGCUGUUUGUCGGGGUGUCUAUUGUUGUACGAAUGACUCUUGGCGAACGAAUUGUUCCAUCUAUCCACAACCGCGACGAAGCACUGUCUCCGACUCAGCUGGUGCUCUAAUUGCAUGUUUUGUGUACCAAAAACACGUGGAACUUGAUAGCCUGAGCACUGGUAAAGCAGAAAUUGCCAGCCAGACAUCCGAAGUAACGAAGACAUUUACGAAGACGGCAGAGGCAACGAGUAGCGAUAUAACACUUAACCCCCUCGCCACCGCGACAUAUUUACCCAUCCCAAAAUAUGUAAACUCGACUGGGAUACACUUUUGGAGACGCAUGGUCGGCACCGUCGCCGAACCAGAUGAACAAUAUUGUAGAGGGACCACUUGGCAAUUCCUCAAGCCAGGUCAAGGUAUCACAUGCGAUGGCCAGGCGAUGUUGAGGAGCAGUAUGGACGGGACCUAUCUAGGCGUCCAGGAAAUGGCUGGGAUGAUCGUUGGCUGGGUAGCUACCACUAAAAAUAACAAAUGCGGAGCCACACUCCCGAUCCGCGCUUGGCAACACCCAAAGACGCUAGACUGCAUAUACACAAAUACCGCUAUCACAAGGGUGGGAAGCUACGUCUCACUCGGCAUCGUAUUUUACGCGUGGCCGCCGAGAAGCCCAUGUUUUGUCGCCGGGAUUGGCUGUCAAAAUCCGGAAGGGCUGGCGAAGUGUCACCUCGAUCUG